CGCCAAAAGCGAACCCACGACCCAAGAAUUCUGACACUGCACACGAUCUCGGCGUCAGCCCAGAAUCACACCAACCAAAAUUAACAGCAUCGCUCAGGCAUCUCAGGCUCAAAGCAAGAUUCCUGGGCGAUGAGAUUCACGGCCCAGCACCUCCUCUCCCCCGCGACCCGGUCUUCCGUCCCCGCUGAAACGCACGUCUCCUCAACUUCAACACAGCAACGCAGCGGAUCGCUGCGGUCGGUAAAACGGAAAACCCGGCUUCGAUCUACACGCGGGUUCCGUUUUUGCAGACGUGGACAGUGUAUUCGUCUCUCAAAGCUGUGGCGGGAGACAUCACGACAGACAGAUUACCAAUAUCAGAUGAUCUGGUCAGGACACGGACGG